GUGAUACCGCCAGAUCCAGAGAUCGGCUGAAUGGUACUGUAUACAUCACAUAUACACACACACACACACACACACACACAGCUUUCUUAAUUUUAAAGCAGUGUAACUAAAACAACCUUUGUCCAGUUCCUGAACAGUCACACAUCAGGACUCUCCCUAUUUGGCAGGUCUUGAAUAAGGAGUUAACAUAUGAGCUUUGACCCUAUAUUUUAUGAUAACAAAUUCUGCUUUAAAAGUUGAUCUAUAUGUUUAAAUGUUUGUUGAAUCCUGUGUUGGUCUGGGACUGUUUUGAAGGAUUGUUUCAUAUUUGAUGUCAGGAUUACCAGAGGUGAGAGAUAUAUUUAUUGUAUGCUCACAGAGUUGUGUUAAAAUGUUAGUGACUGUAAAUGUAAUCUAUACUGAUAUAUGUAUGUGGCUUUCUGUAAAUAUGUGUCACUGAUGUUACAUGACUUUAUUCAAUUGUAGUCAUUUUUGAAAACUAUUACAUUUAAGUUUAAAUCAUUUUAAUUGCAAUAAUUGUGUCCUCCACAUGAUUUUGCAAAUAAAAAUCUUAAAAAUGUGAGCAAAGAAGUGACAUUAUGUAAAGCUUACUGGGAAUACAAAUCAAUCAUCUGAUACCAUUUUCUUUAAUUUUUUGACACAAACUGUAGUGAAGACUCAAACCUGUUCCUAAAGUUGCAGGAAACAUCAUUCGUUUCAAAUGUUUUUGACUUCGUUUUGAACCCAAUCGUGGCAUAUAUAACUAAUCAAUCCUCUGCAAUGGUUAUUGUGAUGUCACCAUUUUAUCCUCAGAUGACUCAGAACAUGUUUCAGGAAGGGCUGUAUCAGGUGUUUUUUAAGGACCGCCCUCAGUCCCGCCCACUUCCUGCUGCAGUUUCCACACCUGUCGAGCUUAAGGAAGCCAGACUGAUCCGCUGGUUUGGAACAGUGGUCAACACACGCCUCCUUUUAGCUGGGGUUGUUCAGAUUUUUAGUGCCGUCUCCUGUAUUCUCUCCACCAUUUCUUAUACGUGUUUGACUUUCAGCUGCUCCGUGUCGAUGACAGCACCAAUCUGGUGUGGCCUGCUUUAUGUUGCCACUGGCUCACUUGCAAUCGAGGUCAAGAGAAAACCCAAAAAAGUCAAAGUCAUCUCACUGACGGUUCUGAAUGUCUUCGGUCUUCUUUUUGGAGCUUCUUCAUUCAUCACCUUCAUUGUAAAGUCCACAGCACUUGCAAAAGCCACCACUCAGCAGCUUAUAGGUGUGUAUGUGAUGAAGGGCAGCUGUGUUAUGUUCAUCCUUCAGUGUAUGCUUGCAGCCAUAUACACACUUUUUCUUGUUUGGAGAGGUCUGAGGUGCUACAGCGCCCCCUACAGACAAGAUUACAGCAGAGUGAUGCAGGAGACUGAUGAAUAUACAGACCCACUACUGGAAUGUGAACAAUUCAGCCUUUGAACGUGUGUGUGUUUGCAUUUGUAAUUUAUUUAUUCAAAAGUUUUGUUUUUAAUGUUUGUUAAAAGAAUGAUUCUGUCUUUCUUUGAAAACUUUAAACACAUUGCAUUGAGCUUUCUUUUAUUACAGCAUUUACUUUAAAGACAUCCAUUAGUUUUGUAUCUUUACAAUGUGCACAUGCUGUGCCGCAUGAGAUAUUGAAUAUUAAUUUAUU